AUGUAUGUUGUACCACUUCGAUGGUGUCCUCCCAACAACGAUUUCGAUUCAUCUUCACAACAAACACAAACCAGUGUCAGUGAAGUUGAUUCUGGGAAGGGCAAAACUUGCCACCAGUGCCGGCAGAAAACAAGGAAUGCUGCUGCAAGCUGUAAAAAUCCGAGAAAUGGAAAGCCUUGUGUAAUUAGGUUUUGCCACAAAUGCCUUUUGAAUAGAUAUGGGGAAAUAGUAAAGGAGGUAAGUUUGUUGACUGACUGGAUGUGUCCAAAGUGCAGAGGCAUUUGCAAUUGCAGCUUGUGCAUGAAAAAAAAAGGUCAUCAGCCUACUGGUGCUCUUGCUCAGAAAGCCAAGGCAUUUGGUUUCAAGUCCGUGUCUGAAAUGCUUAUAAAGAAUGCUUCUGUAGAUUUAGAAUUGAACAAUGUUAAUAAUGCCGAUGUUGUGUUUUCAAAGGAAGCUAAUUUGGAAAAGGAGCUUGUACUAGAUCCAUUAGACAAAACUCGGAAAGAAAACUCUUCAGGCGACGUGAUUCAGAGUCAGGUGGAUGGUCCUGAGGCUUGGGGUACAAAUGAUUUUUUCUUUGAACCUGCUUCUUUGGCUUCAAAUGGAUGUUAA